UUUCUUUGAUUAACUAGGCUCUAGGACACCUUUUGAAGAAGACUCCCUGCUGUGUUUAGAAUCAUUCCUAGAAAGCUGAAACCUCAGACUCUGUCUCCAAGAUGCACCUCAGUGCUGCGAAUCAUCGCAUACCUCUAAGUGAUGGAAACAGCAUUCCUAUUAUCGGACUUGGUACCUUCUCAGAACCUCAAUGGACCCCUAAGGGGAUCUGUGCAACAUCUGUGAAGGCUGCCAUCGACAUAGGGUACAGACACAUUGACGGGGCCUACAUCUACCAAAACGAGCAUGAAGUCGGGGAGGCCAUCCAGGAGAAGAUAGCAGAAGGAAAGGUGCGGAGGGAGGACAUCUUCUACUGCGGAAAGCUAUGGGCUACAAAUCAUGAGCCAGAGAUGGUCCGCCCAACCCUGGAGAGGACGCUCAAAACCCUCCAGCUAGAUUAUGUGGAUCUUUACAUCAUUGAAAUACCCAUGGCCCUUAAGGCUUUGGAAGCUUGCAAAGAUGCUGGCUUGGUGAAAUCCCUUGGAGUAUCCAAUUUUAACCGCAGGCAGCUGGAGCUCAUCCUAAAUAAGCCAGGACUCAAACACAGGCCAGUCACCAACCAGGUUGAGUGCCACCCAUAUUUCACCCAGCCAAAACUCUUGAAAUUUUGCCAACAACAUGAAAUUGUCAUUGUUGCAUAUAGCCCUUUGGGGACCUCUAGGAAUGAAACCUGGGUGAAUGUGUCUUCUCCACCUUUGUUAAAGGAUGAACUUCUAAACUCAUUGGGGAAAAAGUACAAUAAGACAGCAGCUCAAGUUGUUUUGCGUUUCAACAUCCAGCGAGGGGUAGUUGUCAUUCCCAAAAGCUUUAAUCCUGAAAGGAUCAAAGAAAACUUUCAGAUCUUUGACUUUUCUCUCACUGAAGAAGAAAUGAAGGACAUUGAAGCAUUAAAUAAAAAUAUCCGAUUUGUGGAAAUGCUCAUGUGGUCUGAUCACCCCGAGUAUCCAUUCCAUGAUGAAUACUGACUUCAGAGAGUUCCUGGGCAGAUUUUCCCCUGUUGUGUGUGCCAGGACCUUUCCACUUCCAAGUAUGUGGAAAUGAAAGGGGUUUUACUAUCCUCAAAGUGGUAAUGGAAGCAUGCUUAACUUUUGUGUAGUGUGCGUGACUCUGGCUCAGCCACGCUGAAGAAAAAAUGUUUAAAUCUGUUGAAAUAAUUCUUGAGAAAUUAUCAGCUAAUAUUUUAUU